AUGGUGAUUACUCAUCGUUACAUGCAUCUUGAGGAUAUCACAGCAGAGGGAAAGAUGGAAGGGGUAGAUAGUGUAUACAAGGAUCCUCUAAUUCCCCUAUUCAAUGCCACCAGAGAAGAAAGGAUAGCUUGGUUCGAGAUGGAGCUGCAAAAAUUGGAGUAUUUCAAAUCGAGAAACUCGAACUCGAAAUUCCACAACCAAGUUUCGGGUUUUGAUGACAGUAUCUGUUCGGUGCAGUACUUCAUGGUAUGGCUUUCACCAGCUCAAUCAUUCGGGGUAAGGGAAUUUUCAGCUGUACACAGCCUCUUCAAGGCAAGUCCUAAGGGACGCUUGAUGAUUUUAUCACCAUCUCUUGAUUCAAGACAAGGGGACCAGAUUCUGAAACCACUAAUCGAUGGUGGGUUUAAAGUCCUUGCGGCGACACCGGAUUUUACCUUUUUAUUGAAGAACACCCCGUCUGAGAGUUGGUUCAAUGAGUUGAAGAGUGAUUUCAUAGUUCUCAAAGACUUCAUCCGAUUGCGGAAUGCAAUAGGAGCACAAAGCAUAAGUACAAUCAACAAGAAAUGGACAAGAAUAAAUGGUGCAGCCAUGAUCUUCGAUGAGGGGCAUCCAAUUCUAUACGACUUCUUGGAGGAAUUUGCAGUAACCUUCGAUGGAAGUAAAUGGGGACACAAUGGGCCAUGCCUGAUUUCCAGAGUGAUUCAAAGAGUUGAAAAAAACCUGGUUAUAACUUCACAAUCUUGCCACCUAAAACCUUUUAUCCAAUGGGUUGGAUCAAAAUAG